ACAAACCUCUUCUGAUCCGCGACUGACUGCAGCGGACAGUGAGGAAGCGGAUCUUGACAGUACCACUGGCACAUGAUUCCUCUGUUUACAGCACAGCCAUCCGUUAAAAACAUGGAGGACGCGACCAGCAGUAAUCCUCAAUCUCUUGGAUUUACAGAUAAAUUAAAAUCAUGGUUGUCCUGGUCAUGGACAUACAUAUGUGCCGUUUGGUUUGCUAUGGUUUUAACUAUGAUCUAUGUUCUGCGAAGCCCCUUGAAACUGCAGGACACUCUUACCUCAGCAUCUGUGUUCUUGAAUACACUGACCCCUAAAUUCUAUGUGGCACUCACUGGAACAUCCUCUCUCAUCUCUGGCCUAAUCUUGAUAUUUGAGUGGUGGUACUUCCGUAAGUAUGGAACCUCAUUCAUCGAGCAGGUGUCUGUUAGCCAUCUGCGACCCCUCCUAGGUGGGGUGGAGAGCAGCUCAACCACUGGCCUGUUCUCCUCAGUCAAUGGAGAUGCUGAGCCCAGACCCAGUGUCUCAGAGUGUAAAGUUUGGAGGAAUCCAUUAAAUCUAUUCAGAGGAGCAGAAUACAGCAGGUACACCUGGGUGACUGGAAAGGAGCCUUUGACGUACUACGAUAUGAACCUGUCUGCUCAAGACCACCAGACUUUCUUCACUGGUGACACUCAGCAAAUCAAGGCUGAAGAUACUGUUAUGCAGAAGGCCUGGAGGGAGAGGAAUCCCCAAGCCCGGAUAAGAGCAGCUUACCAGGCCAUAGAGAUGAACCACGAGUGUGCUGCUGCCUAUGUGCUACUGGCAGAGGAGGAAGCCACCACCAUCACAGAGGCUGAGAGGCUGUUUAAACAAGCCCUGCGGAGUGCUGGCAAAGACAUCAACUUGCUGGUGUACAUCAAACGCAGACUGGCCAUGUGUGCACGCAAGCUGGGACGCAUCAAGGAGGCAGUGAAAAUGAUGAGAGAUUUAAUGAAAGAAUUCCCACUGUUGGGAAUGUUGAAUAUACAUGAAAACCUCCUGGAGGCACUACUGGAGCUGCAGGCCUAUGCUGAUGUACAAGCAGUCCUCGCCAAAUACGACGAUAUCAGCUUGCCAAAGUCAGCCACUAUAUGCUACACAUCUGCACUGCUGAAAGCACGGGCUGUAUCAGAGAAGUUUUCUCCUGAGGCAGCAUCCCGGCGGGGCCUGAGCACUGCAGAGAUGAAUGCUGUGGAGGCUAUACACAGAGCCGUGGAGUUUAACCCACAUGUGCCAAAGUAUUUAUUAGAGAUGAAGAGUCUGAUCCUGCCUCCAGAACACAUCCUGAAGAGGGGGGACAGCGAGGCGGUGGCCUACGCCUUUUUUCACCUGCAGCAUUGGAAGAGGGCCGAGGGAGCCUUAAACCUGCUGCACUGUACCUGGGAAGGCACUUUUCGGAUAAUUCCCUACCCUCUAGAGAAGGGUCACCUGUUUUACCCCUACCCUGGGUGCACAGAAACAGCAGAUCGGGAACUGCUGCCGACCUUCCAUGAGGUGUCUGUGUACCCGAAGAAAGAGCUUCCCUUCUUCAUCCUCUUCACAGCGGGCCUUUGCUCCUUCACUGCCAUGCUGGCCAUGCUCACACACCAGUUCCCUGAGCUCAUGGGCGUCUUUGUCAAAGCAUUCUUCAGCACCCUCUUCACACCCCUGGGUUUCUUCGCAGACAAGAUGGAGAGCUUCAUGCCGUCCAGUUUCUGGCAUCAGCUGACUCGAAUCUGACCCCAUCACACACACGUACACGUACACACCCCUCAGACACCAACACUCCAAAACUACAGACAGAAAUGUUUGCUCUCCUGUCUUCAGCGUGCACACACACUUGUUGUUUUGGUACUGAUUAUGUUGGCCAAGUCUUGUAUCAACAUCCAGACGCAACUCAGAGAUGCAACUGCUAAAGAAGCCAGGUUUUUAAAGUAAACAUUUACCAGAUAUUCACGCAGUUAUUCGUUUAUUAUUAUUAUAGGAACUUGAAGUUAUGUUGAGUUACACAGAACGGUAAAUAGAAAGUAUUUCAACCUACAUUUUACUUCCAAGUCCCACCUCUAAAUUACGUCAAUCUCUCAUACAGUUAUGAAUUAAGUGCUGAAACAAAUGUAUUAUUAGUUCAUGUUUCAUUAUUGUGAAGGCUAACACUGCAGUUCCUGGAAGUAGUAUCCCUCUGUUCUAGUUAGGGUUGCAAAAUUCCAGGAACAUUUGAUAAAUUCCCAGAUUUGCCUGAGAUCCUGGUUGUAGAAUUCCAGAUUUCCUCCUUAUUCCCCUACUGAUUCUGGGAAUCUUCCAACUGGGAUUUUGGGAAAAACAUGGAAUUUAUUGAAAGUUCCUGGAAUUUUGCAACCCUAGUUCUAGUGUUGCUAUUCAUAAUAUCUGGCCAAAUGUAUUGUAUGUUAGCUGGUGUAGCAGGAGACAAUGGAUAUAUAUAGAAAAGCAUACUAGAAGGCCUGUUUUCCACGAUCGCAUGUCUGAACAGACACAUUCAUGUUCACUAGAAUAAGGUAGAGCCAUGUAUUUAGAGAGUUGGGACAUUGUGGUUUCUGCUUUAUGAUGCAUUUACAUGAGACAACAAUACAUGGCAGCCAUGUUAGCGGCCCAUUUACAUUACAUGGGAAAUAUGUCUAUAAUGCUAUGUAACAAUGUCUAGAAUUAGAACAAUAUAAUAAAAAAAAAUCUAAAUACAUGGCUCUGGAAUAAGGUAUGUGUGUCAUGCCAGUUCAGAUGGGUUAAAACAAAGCAUAGCCUUUAUGGUAUAUAGUCAUCCUAUGGGGUAGAGUUUAAGUUUGUGAGACCUUCUAAAAACAGAUCCUUGAUUUACUGCUUCACUCUGUCUGUAGUGUAUACAACGCCUGCAGUGUUUUGCCAGUUGUUGCUACAGCAUGCCACCUCCGCGCUAUAUCACUGGCAACCUGCGCCCCCUCAAACGUAGCAUAAACAUGUAAGUGGGAUUAUGACCGGUUACGGCAUGGGUAGUCAUGGCAUCACUCACAGCCAAUCACAUAACUGAACGCUGCGUUUCCAGGUCCUCCUCUAUGAGUUGUAGUCAACUCGUAUUGCUCAGGUGUAAUCAGCCAAUCACAACAGGACGCUAUGUUUGAAUCACUGUGUGAUUUCACCGAAGCCUCAACAGCAAAUACUCUGAACCAUGAUCUAAGACUAGUCAAUAGCCUACAGUAUAUAUUGUGGCAGGACUCGAUAUUUGAUCAUGAAUAGCAUAAAGGGCCUUUUGUGCCUCACUGGCUCAACAGACAGAUUGGAUUUAAGCGGCUUGAUGAAAUUAAAAGCUAUUUCUCACAAUACUCCCAGAUAUGUAUUGUAUUGAUGAACCAAUGUUUCGGCACACAGUGGGUUCAGAACCCGCUCAUUCAUUUGUUAAUUCCUUCAACUGUAUUAUGUAUUUUAGCAUACAUAAACCCAAUUAUGCGUAAAGAUGGCAACAAGUGCUGACUGUUUAUUGGUUGCUGGUAGUGCAUUGCAUCCGGGGCCGGACUAAUGCAUUGUGGGCCUCGGGGCCCCAAAAAAUAUAUAUUUUGGGAGGAGAAUACAGCUAACUUUCUGCAUUUCAACAUGUGCGGUUUAAUAAUGCAAUUCUACACAUUUUGUCACGUGCCCUUUCGGUAAUCCGGCUCUGUUUGCAUAAUAUGAUAUUUGUGCACUGUGCUUGAACAGCACUUAUAAUUGGUUUGCUACUUUCAUUCAACUUAUGUGUCAGAGCCAUCAACACUCCUACCUGGCUAUACUGUACACUAUCUGGGUGUAACUACUGUACACUAUUUUAAUUCCAUACUGUUGGAUUAUAUUUGUGAUAGUCCAGAAUAACAAGAUGAAAUGCUGAAGACAGAAGUCCUAAUAUUUGACCUUACUACCAUAUGAGUUAGAUAGCUCACAAUAAAUUGGUUCUUGAAUGUAAAUCUAAUGCGUUUGUGUUUGAAUUUUUGUUGUACUUUGUGAACAAAUAAAUUUAAAAAACAGA